CGGCGUUGCGGCCUGAAAAAAUGGCACAACAAAAUAAAUGAAAAUUACAAAAAAGUGGUCGUCGAUUCGUCAUCGUGUCUCUUCAUUAAAUUGUUCAUUAAGUUAACAGAUAAAAAAACACCCCGUUUUAUUGGAGAAUCCACCGAUGACGUUCGACUCAUCUCUUCUUCCCUUUCGUUGAAUCCUCGUGUACAUGUGAUAGGUGUAUACACGAGGACCCCCUAUCCCACCUGACAUAUUGAACUUACUACGUAUGGAGCACCUGUGAAUGCCUGGCCGUAUUUCCCAGGCUUAAAAGAACGAAGUGGCGUGGUUAUUGACAGCGAGUGCGUCAUCAAAGAUGAGCGGAGUUCCCCGUUUAUUCGUUAGUUCGGUGUUGACUAUACUGAAUCCACCGACUGCAAAACUCAGAUAUUUUCUUGAUUUUGGAACGCAGUCGUUUAUUACCAAAAAGGAAACGGUAUGCAAAUUCAGUUGCCAAGGUGGAAUGCAAAUAAGAAACAAAAUCUAAUGGCCAUUGCCAUCGACCGGUCGAUGACUGUCGACACAUGGAUCACAACUCAGUUUGACACCUUUACUACUGAGCUCCAGUUGAGGAAUAAUGAAGUCUUCAACGUUGGUGUGUCUGCUGGCGUUGGUGGCUGUGGCCAUCACUGCUCCUCAGUUUCCGAUCCUUUCUCCUAUCGGUUCACCUUUCUUACCUGUGCAGCCGAGCUCGCAAUCGGGCCGUCUUAUUCCUGGCGGAUUUGUUUAUUCCUCCCAAGGAAACAGGCAAAACGGUUCUUGGCCAAUGCUGGGGCUCAUGAACCCCAUGCCCUACUACCCCAUCGAUCCUCGUUUUAUUAUCUACCUUGGCACCAUAUUCUCAGUCAGCACGGGCGAUUCCAAUCCCAUUAAGGAAAUCGAACCCAUCGCUCCGAUUGUUCCACCCGCUAAAGUUGCUGACACUCCAACUGUUGCCGCCAUCUCUCGUUGCAGUGAGGAUGAAUUCGACUAUCCUUCUAAAUCCAAUACCUCAAUUCCCUACAAGUACAUGGUAGAAAGUGACAUUACUCCCAAGAAUCAGUACCCAUUCAUGGUGGCACUUGUUGUGUUCGACAAUACAAUCUGGAAAUACAAGUUAUCCUGCGGUGGAUCUCUGAUUAGCUCAACUAAAAUCCUGACUGCUGCUCAUUGCGUAACCGAACCUAAAAGUACCAACGUUAUCGACGCAAGCCGAUUCAAAGUUAAGUUUGGCAUACACUUCUUGAGCAUAACGGAAAACGACGCCCAGCUGUCAAGGAAAGUCCAACAAAUUAAGAUCCACGAGGAAUACGAUCCUGUGAAAAUUUACAACGACAUCGCCAUUCUGACGCUGAGUUCACCCGUGGAAUACACGGACACCAUUUCCCCCGUUUGUCUGGUGCCGGAGUGUUUCGACGACGAUGGCAAUCGGCAAGCGAUUGCCAUGGGAUGGGGACACACCCAAUCGGGAGGAUUGAAUUCUGAUUACCUGAGACACGCCUUUCUGUCUACGGUUCCGUUCUCAAAUUGCCAGAAAAAAUAUGGGGAUAAAAUUGAUGAAGAUAAAAUGCUUUGCGCCUUUAAAAAAGGUCAAGAUACCUGCCAAAAUGACAGCGGUGGCCCGUUGGUAAUGGAAUUCCCGGAUGAUUCGUCAUGUCGUUUUAUGCAAAUCGGAAUCGUCAGCUUUGGGAAAGGAUGCGCCUUUAAGAACUACCCCGGUGUUUAUGUUCGUAUCAAAAACUAUUUGCCUUGGAUUGAAGAAAACACGAAUUAGUGCAGACAUCCUGACCUAAUUUCUUUCUUUGUCACGUACAUUCGCAUUUUUACAAGUGUAAGCGAAAUCUUAUGCAAUCCUUGACUCAACCGGCUGACUCAUUUACGACGGUGAAGUACCGAUUCCUGGGUCCAGUGGUGUUGCUCUUUGUUACGUUUUUGUUCUAUUAGAGUUAUGGUGAAUAAAACAAACAAUAAAGCUCAGUGACGUUU